GGUCCGGCCGCCACCCGCCGGCUGCUCGGCCCGGGCUGGGCUCGGCUCGGUGCGGACGGUCCCCGGCCCUGCCCGGCCCCCGCCGGCUCCCCGCGGGCCAUGGCGGCCAUCCAGAACCUGCAGCUGUGGUGCCGGCAGCAGUGCGAGGGCUACCGCGAUGUCAGCAUCACCAACAUGACCACCUCGUUCCGCGACGGCCUCGCCUUCUGCGCCAUCCUGCACCGACACCGCCCCGACCUCAUAAACUUUGACUCCCUCAGAAAAGAAAAUGUGUAUGAGAACAACAAGUUGGCAUUUCGCGUGGCAGAGGAGCAGCUGGGGAUCCCAGCCUUGCUGGAUGCAGAGGAUAUGGUUGCUCUGAAGGUACCAGACAGGCUGAGCAUCCUCACCUAUGUUUCCCAGUAUUAUAACUACUUCCAUGGACGGUCUCCUAUUGGAGGCAUGGCUGGGAUCAAGCGCCCUUCCUCUGAAUCUCCAGAGCAGCAUCCUGGGAAGAAAACUGCUCCAGAGCCUCCUAAGCCAGUGCCACCAAAACUGCCUCCUGCCCACCCACCAGCCAGGGCUAAGCCAAAGGAUACCUCCCCAGUUACCACGAAGAGGGUCCUGGCAGAGAGUGGGAAUGUCCCCAGCAGCAGCUGUGGGGUCUGUGGGAAACACGUGCACCUGGUGCAGCGCUACCUGGUCGAUGGGAAGCUCUACCACAGGAACUGCUUCAGGUGCAGGCAGUGUUGGAACUUGCUUCUUCCUGGAAGCUACAAAGCUGGGCCUGAGCCCGGUACAUUCAUCUGUACCAGCCACCAGCAGCCAGACAAUGUCCAGAUCUCUGGUCUCCACAGUACUGGGAAAAAACCUGACAGUACCCCAGCCCCUACUGCUGCCAGGGUGUUCCAGAAAGCAGCAGAACCCAAGAAACCAGAGCAGGUGUUGAAGAAACCCAGCCAGGAAGGCUUCACUAAUUCAACCAAGCCAUCUGUUUCAUCUUCUGUAAGCUCUGGCUUCAAAAGUGUAAAUACUCCAUGGUCCUCCUCAGCUGUAAAUAAAUCAGAUGACUGCAAAGGUGCCUCGUUGGGGAAUAAAACAGAUCUCCAUGAGGCCACCCCAUCAAGGCCUCCUUGGACAUCCUCCACAGCUAAAACACAGCAAGCCCGAGAAAAUUUUUUUCGAUCGUUGGAGUCCUCCAGCAAUAAAUCUUCUGACACUCAAAAACAAGUCCAGUCUCCUCAUGUUCCUGAUAAAACUGCCCCUGCCAGGAGCACUGCUGAGGUCAGUCGAGUGAAUGCUGGGAAGGAUCAGGCACGUAACCACAUUAUCCAGGCUCUGUCUGCAUCAAGCAUAUCUCCAAACAGGCCAGGAGGACCCAGUUCCACUGGCUCCUCAGCACCUGGCAGUGGCAAGUUUUCUCCCACCAGUUCUCAGAGUCCAGCUCCAAAAACACAGUCCAGCAAAACAGGGUACACAGCACCAAAGCAGGAAAAGUUUACAGACCCUGUGCCCAAGAGCCAGGCUGCCAGCAAACCUUUCGAGUCUUUGCACAAGCCAGAGUCAAAAGGCAUCAAAGGAAGCACAAAUGUUGCUGACAAUAAGUCUGAGAGCCCAGAAGGGUGGAGAUCUCGGUUGAAGCCUGUAGCCAACAAGGACCAAGAUGGCUCUAAGAAACCUACUGAUAACUCCCAGGUGGGAACAGGGAGCCCAGCACACAAGGAGCCAAAGCCAAGCCCAUUAGUUGUCUCACCAGCAAAGCAGGACUCUGCUUCAUCUGGUGGAUUCACAAAGAAGUUGUUGAUUCCCAGCUCAGAUCUUAUCAAGAGCUGUCAGAAUGCAAAGCAAGACUGGAAAGAUCCUGGAGGGUCUGCCAAGAAGGAGGAAGAUGGCAACCAGUUGAAAACAAACACUGCUACAUUUAAACUCUCUGUUCCAAAAAGCACAGGCAAGCUUCAAGUGGUGUCCCCAACCAAGCUGCACCCAGACUACCUCCCUGAGGAGAAGAUCCAGGAGAAGGUUCGUGACAUCGAGAAGCAGCUGGACGAGCUGGAGUUGAAAGGAGUGGAUCUGGAGAAGCAUCUGCGUGCCUGUGAGGGAGAUGAGUCUGAGGAUGCCCUUAUGGUGGAUUGGUUCAAACUGAUCCAUGAGAAGCAGCUGCUGCUCAGACAGGAAUCAGAGCUGAUGUACAAGAUGAAGCAGCAGAACCUGGAGGAGCAGCAGUGGAAUAUUGAGAUGGAGCUGCGAAGCCUCAUGAGCAAACCAGAGGAGCUGAAGACACCCAGGGAGAAGGAGCGGGAGAAGGAGCUGCUGGAGUCCUACCUGAACACAGUCAAUGAUCGGAAUAAUAUUGUGGAUUGCCUGGAUGAGGACAGGAUCAGAGAGAAGGAGGAAGACCAGAUGUUGGCAGACAUGAUACAGAGGCUGGAUGGAUCACUUGAGAGCCAGGAGCCAGAGAGGAAGAAGAACAAGUUCCGCUUGUCCAAAAUAUGGAAGCAGAAAAAACAAGAGUAAAGCUCAGGAGCUUGAUGUUCCUUUUCCCAGUCGCCCAGGGAGACCCAUCAAAGGUGUGGUCCUUCCUCAGUGCUGCUUUCUUGGAGCUGUGCAGGACUGUGAGAGGCCCCAAGAGACCUAUCAAAGGUGUGGUCCUUCCUCAGUGCUGCUUUCCUGGAGCUCCUGGACUGUGAGAGGCUCCCCUGCUCCCUGAUGUGGCAGACUGCAGGUUUGCUGACCAAAGGGACAGUGUCAGUCCCCUCUGGCCCUGCUGUGGGGCCCAAGGCUUUGCCAGCACAUGGACUUCUAAGACUGUUUUCCUUCUUUAGCUCUGGGUCAGAGCUGGUUCAGCCUUGUUGGCGGCUCAGGAAAGCAGAGCUCAGUUUGCCCACCCAGUUCUUGGGUCAGUACAGUCCUGAAUGCAGGAGCAUGGCACCCCAUGGUGUCCCAUGCACCAGGGCUGCACCCAGGACCCUGCACUGGGCUGUGGAAGGGCCCUUGUCCCUCCCUUUCUCCCUCUCUGAUUGUGCUGUGGCUCUUUGGCCAGGAUCAGAGAUGCAGAGAGGGAGAUGCUGCAGGUCAAGAGGGGUUGAUGGUUUCCCUCUUAUCACACCAGUGCAAACUGGAGGCUCCAUGUCUGGGGGGAGCAGAGAGCAGAACCAUCUCUGUGUCUGUGGUUUGGGGUGUUCUCAACCCACAGCAGUUUCAGCAAUAGUGAUUUGUUUCCAGACCUCUUUUGGAAUUUGCUAUAGGCAAAUUUUCCAAAGCAUGAGAGGCUGCCCACUGCUUCAUUCCCUCUGUGGGGGAGAUUUGUAGCCUCCUUAUUUCUCUGACUGCUCAGUGAAGCAGCGUUUUUUGUCUCUGGCCUAUCCUGAUAAGAAUGGACAGAACUAUUAUUUUCAUAACCUGGUGCUAACUGGGAGCACAAGGGAAUUCAUGCAUGUUCUGCAUGAGACCAGUAUUUCAGUUCCUGAGCUCCAUCCUUGGAUAGCCAGUGCCCUCAAGCAGUGUUGUGGGUCACCUUGGUGAGACCAAGGAGUGUAGGAGCAGGUUCUGGGCUGUUGCAGGGAGCCUUUCCACUCUUCCCUCCUUCCUUUCCAGUGUCUGCAGCCAGACACCUGCCCUGGGUGCUCCCUCUCUUCCCAGGCAGCCUGGAGAGCAGGGAUGGAGACAGCCAUGGAGAGAUCAGAUUAAUUCACGAUGCCUCUGCUCUGUGUGGACCUCCUUCCUCCACGCCAGGUGCUCGAGGUUUCUCCAGGGGCUGCUGCCCAGGAGCAGGGCUUUGCUGGGGGAGGCUGGUCCCCUGUGCCGGUGGCAGAGCAGAGGCGAUGCGUCCCUUUCCCACGAGGUGGCAGUGGGACUCUCCGGCCGGGCAGGGACGGUGCCCGAGGGGCUGCCCAGAGCCUGCAGGGGGACAGUGCAUGUGUGAGUGCUGGGAUACCCCGCACCUGCACACGCUUUUGCCCAAUAAAGAAUUACUGGAGCAAGUCUCAGCAUCCCAGAGUGGUUUGGGGAUAUGGCUGUCCUGGUCACUGUGUGCCUGUGAUGGAGCAAUCCAUGCCCAGAGCUGCACGUCCUGGGGGAGCAGUGGCACCAAGGGGUUUAACACUGACUUUGUUUAGGUGUUGAACUCACCCCUGCUCUCAGGUAAAUGCAAUUUCCCCCCUUGCUGCUUUAGCAGUGUGGGGUCCCAACCUGGCCAGCAGAUAUGGGAGAGACAAGAGGCAGAGCUUGUUCUGCCAGAGCUGGAGUGUGGCAUUGGUGACCUGAGUGGCAGAACUAUGGUGUCACCAGGUAAAAGGCUGACAGAGGCUCUGCCACCACACUCUGCUCCAUGUUGGCCUGUUCUCACCCAGAGGGAAGACAAACUGGUUUGUGGGGACAUGUUGACCCCAGGGCUGGCAUCUGUGCCUUGACAUCCUCAUCUGCUUGUCCUUUCCUGGGGCUGUGUGUAAACAUGAGGGGAGGGAGGAGGGCUCCUCUUCCAGACCUGGGCAGUAGCAGCAAAUCCCCAGAACUAAACCUACCUUUGUGGGCUUCCAGCUGAGAGGAAAGGAGCUGAAACCAUCUCUGCUGAAGGAGAGAAAUACCUUUCCUGAUGAGCUAUCCUAGGCUGUCUUAUUGCUGGGCUUUCAUCUUUUCAGGCUCUGAUUCUCCAGCCUCAAGAAGUUUAGUCUUCAUGGAUUUGGAGGAUGGUGGCAGCAUCAUCCAAACUCAUCCAAUCCUUCCCUGUCCAGCCUUCACCCACCUUAAAAAGAGGCAGGAACUGGACCUCUGAAAAAAUGUGAUAAUAAAGUGCUUAAACAACACCCUCAGGCCCCUUUGGUGGCAAUGGCUGGACCUGCUGUAGGAUUUGCUUUUGUGAGAAGGCCAGGCUGCUGCCAGACAGCAACUACAUGCUAGCUACAUGCUCCAAGAACAGGUUUUGAAGGGAAAACUGCUCCUUCUCCCAUCUGAAUUCUGUUUGAGAUGGUAGCCAUGGUCUAGGGGAUAUGAGGUUCACCUGGAAAUGCUGUGUGUGUUCAGGUUUUAGUGGUCUCUAGGUAGAAAAGCACUGAGAGUGGGAGAGGAUACAGAGCCCAGCCUGCCUCACCAUGCUGCUGGUGUGAGGCUGACUGCAAGACUAACCUCAGUUAUUUCUACACCAAAGACAGGAGGGUAAAUAGUGACCCAAACACAGCCAGCUCAGAGUCCCAAACUCCUGUAUGUAUUGAUGGAAUGCUGUCUGGCUGUGGCCAGGAUACACCAAAGCCAAGCUCUGUACAGCCUGUCCCACAGCUCCUGCACACCCUGACAAGUGCUGAUGGUGACCAUGAGAACGACCCAGCUUGUUCUUCCUUCCUCUGCCUUGAAUUUGGGACUCACAGGAUUUGCAAUUCCACCAUUCUCCUAAUCCAGUGCUUGAAAGGAGCCCUAGAAGAAAGAGCUAAGCUGUUGGCUGAGGUGGAGAAAGGGAAUGGCUUUUCUCCAGCUGGCUGCUUUUAGCUGAGCUGAUUCCCCUGCCUGACCCCUGUUUGCUCCCCUGGCACAAGCAGCUUUGCUCACCCUGUGGAAGUGCUCCAGAAGGCAAAGCAGGAGGAUUUGGCCUCUGGACUGAGCAGGAAGGGAGGUGUUGGGAAACCAGCUCUCGACUGCCUCUCCACAGUGGUCACUCCUGAGUAAUUAGGCAAUCCAGGCACCCUCCUAUAACCGAACAGGAAUCAAAUUCCUCUCCCUUCUCCAUGAGAAAGGGCUGUUUGUGCUCAGCUCCAGCCCCAGCAGACGCUGAGCCCCGAGGUCAGGCUGGCAGGGGGUUGACAGAUACAUUGCUGUGUGCAUGUGGGUGUCUGCAUUUCGGUGAUGACUGAGAGCUUAAUUACUCUUCUAGGUCAGCUGCUCCACUUCCAAAAUGAUUUUAAGGGGGCUGAGCUUCCUGCUCAUUUCCUGAUGGCCUCCAGUCAGGUUUGUGGCCUCCCCAGCUCCUGGAUACCUGGAGUGCCUCCACUGCUUUCUUUGUAGCUGGAGAGGAGUGUGGGGGCUGCACAGGGCCUGGGGCUGCACCCCUGAGCCUCUGCCAUGUAGGGGGCUCUUGGGGAUCCUUCUGCAGGUUUGGGGUGGUGGGGAAGCUGCUGUUGGUUCUGUCACUUCCAGACUCACAGAUGAAGCUGUGAUUAGGCUCUGUGUGUGUGUGUGUGUGUGUGUGUGUGUGUGUGUAUGUCUCUCUCUUCUGCUGUUUUCUUUAAUUACAAUCUCCGAGGUAAUUUCUGACGCAUCAUUAACAGUUCUGAGUAAACAAGGGGAAUUCUCCAAAUUAUUUGCCAUGAGCACAAAGGGAAAUCGACUUUCAUCGUCUCCCUCUUCAUCCAAGUAAGAAGCUGAUCUGAGCAUGGGGAAUGAACAGAGUGUUGUGGCUGCCCUCUGAUGCUUUGAGUCUAUUUGAGACAGAGCAGCAACACAUCCAGCUUUUCCAGCUGACUGAGGCCAAUUCUGCCCACAGCUUUUUGUUCCCACUGCUGAGCAAAGUGGCUGCAGCUCCUCACCAUUGCAACUGCACAUGCAAAGUGCUUCUUGCCCAUGAGAGCUUUGAGUGCUUUCAGUGUUCACUCAUUUCCAGUUGGAUGAAUCGGAACAUGAGCUGCUCAGGAGAUGGGACAGUCCAAAAGCAUCCUCAAGGCUGAGUCUCAGCCUGGAAGGUAAUACCCUGGUUGGGUUGAAGGGUGAUAUUUGAGACCAGCGUGGAUUUAAUGGGGGAAAGGAGCACUGAUACAGAUAGAGUGCAGAGUUGGGAAGGGAAAGAAGGAGCACUGACACAGAGGAGCCUGGAGCCCAGGAAACUAGGUGUGGUCCAAAGCAAGAACUCACAGGGAUGGUGUGCCCUGUGAGAGCCACAAGUACUGCUGGCAGCUGGGGCAGGAGGAGGUGGCUGGAGAGGACUGCUUAGCUGGGAGUCCAUGGGAGAGCAUUCCAGCCCAAUGCAGAGCUCAAGGGAAAGGAGCCUCGUUGGAGGGGUGGCACGUGGAGCUCAGAGGAGGCAUUGCCUCCCUGGGAGCAUCCCUACCCCUGCCCUGCUCUGACAGCCCCUUCACCCAGGCUCCAGCAUGGAGGAAAAGCAUCUGCACAGCAGCCGAGGGAGCGAAGAUGAUUUAUAUUCAUGCUGCAGCUCUGCCAGCCGUGACUCUGUUAUCUGCCAUGCAUGAAUAUUAUUUGAAUACGGAGUUUGUCGUGACUAUUCUUCCGCGUGAAACGGGGGAUUUGCUGUGGGAUGGGAGCCCUCCCUCUGGCUGUCAGUCAGGAGGGGUUUCCUUUUCCUGUCUCGUUGGAAGCCGCGUCCCCAGCAAGGUGAGACAGUGGACACUUUUUCUCUUGUUAAUAUCCAUGUCUAAUCUCCUCUCAGAGGGGCCCUUUGUCCUAGACUGUAGCCAAGAUGAGUAAUUCAGGGAUAGAUGAGACGCUAUAAUUGGUUUGUGACAAAUUAAAACAUUUUUCCUUCGGAGCUGAGAGCAGGACUGUGGUCUGGAGCUGUCAAGCGUCACAGGGGAGGGCGAUUUUCGGAGUAAGCGCAUUGCAAAUUGGCUCCAGAUAUGCCUUGGAGUCUGAAAUUAAACUCCAGCUGGUGACUCUUCUCAGUUGGGGUUUUAUUUUAGGGGGGACAAAGGGAACAUGUGUGUGGAGGGACAGCCUGAUCGAUACAGAGAACGUGACUGCUUUUUACAUCCUGCUGUGAGCUGGGAACCGGAAUGAGCCAUGGUGGGGAUGCUGGGGAGCACCCAGAGGCUGGGAUUGAGCAGGCCAAGCACCAGGGCUCACCACUGCCUGUGUUUCCUUCACACUUCUCUCAGUGGUUCCUCCAUCACAUCCCAGAAAGCAAGAACUAUGAUGGAAAGCUGCAGAUCACACCAGCUCCUGUCUUGGCCACAAGUGGGUGCCUCUUUAGGAGAUGCAGGUUGGUCCUUGCCCUGUAAUAAUUGUUCUACUGAGCCAAAAAGAGUUCCUCACCUCCACCAGAGAGCAGAGGGGUAGCUAAAAUUCAGGAGCACAGAGAUGAUCAGGACAGACUGUUUGAUGAAAUACUUGGUUUGAGCCUAAAAUGUUUAUAAGCUGGUCUAGGGCAAAGGGGUGGAGGUGGGAGGAAAAGGAUUUCCUGAUGCAACUGCUCAGCUCAUCUGUGUGGAGAGAGCCACAGCAGCAGCAUCUCCACCUCACAGUGAAGAUGGGUGGAGAAUGAAGGAAUGCUUGGAAAGGACGUGGGUCUGUAAAGGAAGUUUAAAGACUCAAGGGGAAUCACCCUGUGGGCUGGUUUGUGUGUAAAUGGUGGUGGGGAAGAAAGCCUCAAGAUCCUGUAUCUGAUACAGAAGAAAAGGGAGGCCCAAAGAAGGAGUGCUGUGACUUUUCCAGGAAGGCUGUGUCUCAGAGUGAAGGAAACAGUCUGGAAGAAACAGUCAUGGUUAUGAAAACAGAGCAAGUGCAAAGGCUGUUAGUGAGCUGGAAAAGUCCAGACCCUGGAGGUGCUGGUGAAAGGAGGAGGUCUGGGCAUCUCUGAGACAUGAGGAGUGAAGCAAGCAGGCCACAGUGGCAGGGUGAUGGUGACAGGGAGUUGGGGGGCUUGGAAGGAAAGAUCAGAGGAUCUGCUUUAGCAAUGGAAAGUGCAUAGAUGCAGCAAAUCCUGAAAGGCAGGAUCAGAUGGUGAGCUGUGACUGGUGUCACUGGCAUUAAGACGUUAGCUAAUCCGGUUUAAGGGGAUAAGCCCAAGAAAAACUGUGGAGACCUAAAUUGGAGCUUGUCACUCUCCCAUGGAAAGCAGAAGUGUGGAGGAGGAGGAGGAGGAUUUGCUGAAGGAGCCCCUGGAUGGUUGGUCAGAAGGAGAGGGUGAAUGGAGGAUGGCUGUGAAGAUGAAGGGCCAGGAGGUAUCUGGUGGGAAGGAACAGGAAGGACAGGAGUCACCAAAAGUAGAGAAACCCAGGAGCCUUCAGGUGUGUACAGUCUCUAUUAAUAACUGCCCUGAAGCCCAUCCUGGUGGUGAAGCUGGCAAGGUAGCAGGGAAUCUGCAGAAACCCAGUGAUUUUGGUCUGGGGAGCUUAAACGAUGCAUAUCAAAGCCAGGAUGUAAAUUGCAUAAGUGUGAUGUAGGUCUGGCACUAAAGUGAUAAGAGUCAUAUCAAGGGAAUAACUUAAUUAACUGGUCUUGAUCAAAGAACUAUAUGAAUUCAAUAGCCCAGUUUUCAGUGCUAAAUGAUGAAGUUUAGAAAAACUGUACUUGACACAAUUAUCAAUUUUCCUGUCCGAGGAGCUUUGAAGUGCCUUUAAGAAGGGACAGUCUAUUGUUCUGUUUAGGACAACUUUCGUCUUCCUUUCAAUGAUCAGGAAGCAGAGAGGCUCUCUCUCCUUUUCAAGUGCUCAUUUGAAAUGGUCUGAAGCAUAAUAAACACUGGAUGUCAAGGGGAAUGGUACUGUGGAUUUCACAAAUUAAUUGUUUCAGAUGAUGUAAAUCGAGAACAAAGAGCUGCCCUUUCCCUGCCAUCCAGAAAAAAGAAAAUAAAGCAAAAAACAAUCAAACAAAAAAACCACCAAAAGAAAAGAAAAAAAAAACCAAAAAACCAGCUACAAAGUAUCUUUAUUUCCCUAUAGCUUUCACUUUGCUCAGAUUUUUGGAUGGUAAGUGGUCCCAUUUAACUUCCAUCAGUCCUUCUAUCAGUCCUGAUAGGUCCUUCCUUCCAGUCUCUCUGACAGACCAUGCUGUUCAAACAAGAUGCUGGGUAUAGGGAAUGAGUCAGGCUGUAGAAAGGCUUCUGGAAGUCUUUGAAAUACUGAAUGCCAUGUCUGUCUAUCCAAUUUGGAUGUGUCUGUAUGUACCAGUGUUGGUGUCUAUCUCACGAGUUGUGUUCCUGUGCUGAGUGACACUUUGGGCCAAAGAGAGAGGGAAGUGUCUGGCCAAGAUGAACCAGUGUGGUCCAGAUUCAGGUGCUUUGUCCUGCUGAGCAUCCUCCUAGUGAUGGGUUCCUCAGCUGCUGCCUCACACAGGUGCUGCACUUGGGUUUGCACCUGGGUUAAUCUGCACUUCACAGUUAUUUUGAGGGAGAUGGGGUGUGGGCAGCUCUGCACCUGUAUCAUUGCAUGUGCCCUCCUUCAUUUGCUGGUGUUUUCUCUCCCCUCCCUCCAGCCCAUCUGGUGUCCUGGAGACUCACCCUUUUUGUUUAGGUGUAGUGCAGGAGAUGGGUCUUUUCUCUGCUGUUACCUUGGCAGACCUCAACCAGGGAUUCCUGAGAGGCAUCUGCACAUUUUGGAUGUGCCUUCUGGAAAAGGGUGUCUAAACCUUGUCAGGACAGUGGUGGGAGUAAAGCCCUACUGCUUCCAGCCACUUUACCUGUGAACAGACUUCCCUGCCCUUCUCCAUUCUCUGGCAUUGUGUCCUUCCCACUGGUGAAUAUCUCAUUCCCAAGGCAGGGAAAACUGGGAAUGUGUCUUGUCUGUCCAGUGCAGUGUGAGGCUGCUGUGAAAAGCUGAGAAGCCUCAGAAAGUCCCUUGGGAAAUCGAGGAUUAAUUCAAUUUCUUAACUACUCCAGGACUUCCCUCUGCAGAACACAGAUGGACUCUGAAAUGAGGUGGCUCCUCCUCCUGAGCAGAGGGAGGGAAUGAUUUCCAAAGCAAGCCCAAAUUCCUCUUGCUUGGGUGUUCCCCAGAAUAAGACGAGCAGUGGGAUGAUUCCCUCUCCGAGCCACACCGCUGGUUUUUCUCCAGGAGAUGGAAGGAAGCUGGGUGCUGGUAGCCAGGAGGCAGAGCUGCAGCUGGCCACGCCAGCUCCGAGCAGCGAGGGCAAUUAGAGAUCAGAAGAGCCGGGGUGGCUUCGUCACAUUUCCCUGCUGCUGUUCUGGAGGUGAUAAUAUAAUUCAUAUCAGAAGAGUUAGUGGGCUGAAAAUGAAUUGGAGAAAUCAAUCCAGAGGGUAUAAAUGAAUUAGCAUGUAAAUGAGGACACUUGCUCUACAUAGUUUAAUAUUGCCUGCAGCUGUAAAUAAUUCCAGGGAUGGAAUCAAAAGCCGCAAACAACUUCAUUUUUGUGCUCCUCCCCCGUCCGGGAGCACCUGCAGCUACGACCGACCCACCCUUGCAGAAUCAUCGCAUUGCAAGGGAAUUAAAGGAGAUGAGAUGUAUAAACUUUUUUUUUUUUUCUCCCCUGAUUGGCCAUUAUUUACAGGACUGCUGCUCCCGGUUCUGUGCAUCAAGUCCCUGUUUGUGCAUGCACAUGGCAGUCUGAGUGGUGGGGAGGGGGAGGUGGGGAACCAGACCUCGUGCAGCACAUCACGAGCUAUCCUGGUCACCCUGUGUGUGUGAAAUAGCAAUUCCUCACCAAACAGCUGCAGAGUGAGAACUCUCCAUUGGGGUGGAGGACUUAACCUUCCUGGGGUGCCUGAGGGUGGGAGAGGUGGGUGCUUGGAGAGCAGGAGCUGGCUGGGGUAGCACCUUGGUUCUUGGAGCUGUCUGGAGAGAAGGCAUUUCCAAGGGAUGGGGAAGCAUUUGCACACUUCUGUACAGUCUGGAAAACUGGAAGAGGUGCAGAGCCAGGUCACCAGAGUGGGAAUGGUGUUGGGAAGCCCCUUUAUGAGACAUGACUAAAGGAGCACAUCUUAUUUGGCCUAAUGAAAGGAAGUCUGAGAGAUGUGAUUGCACAGGCAGAUAAACACAAGAGAGGGAGAGGAGCUAGUUAAGCUAAAGGCCAAUGCUGAUACCAGAACAUGCAGAUACAAACUAGUCAUGAAUAAAUUUCACAGGGAAAUGAGAUGGAAGUGUCUAAGCACCAGAGCAGAGACUAUGGACGAGUGCUGGAGAGUCCACACAACCAGGCUGCUCUUGCACUGGCGUUUGACUGUAAAAUAGGAUUAUAGGAGCAGGUCCCUCGAGAUCAGACAACUACAUUUUGUGAUCUGGGAAGUUCUGCCUGUUGCCAAAAGCCCCUUUAUUAUUCUGGCAGGGGAAGGAUGCAGAUCUGAGGAAGGGCAUAUGUCUCGUUGAGUGACUCCAAGAACGGUUGUUGAGAGCUUUUGGAGUGGUGCUGAUGACAGGAGGUUAAAGAUGAUCCUCAACAGUCUUUUAUCAGUACUUCCCUCUUGUUUUUUGACACUGACAGAUCACUGAGUUCCCUCUUUCAUCAGGUUGGAGUUUCAGGUUCUGCACUAACUAGAUCUCCCAGGUGGACUGGAAACACUGAUUAAGAUGGAUAGAGUGAAAGCAAGUCCAUUAAAUUGUUAAUAAAGAAUAUUACACACAUACCUUAAUCUGCAGCUAGCCUGACACUUUAUAAAAGUACAUUAGGAUAUAAUCCAAUUGAAGCCACAAUAUCGAGAACAUCUUAUCUCAUCACAAAUUGAAAUUAUAUCAUAUUCCUCAUUUCUUAAAUUAAAAAGCUAAAACCUUUUAGUUUGCUCUCAUAUGCUUGUGUAAAACUUAAUCAGUGGUUUUAACAACAUUAUUUUUCAAUAUGGGCCAUUUCUGCUCUCAUUUAUUUACAAGAGAGAACUUCCUGGUAGAAGAAGUGAUUCAAUUUGCAGGAGGAUACAUCAAGCACUUAAGGAUUUUGUAGGGAUUGAUUGAUUAUUUAUCGUGUUAUCUUGCCUGGAGACGUCUGAUAUGGCUGUGCUUUUGCUAUCUCUCAUUCCACCUAAUGCUCUCCCUUUGCAUCUCGCUCCCCUCCGGUGCCAAGGGCGCUGUUCUGCACACACGUGUCUGCCCGAGCACGUCGGGGGGAAAGGGGGUCAGGGGAGGCCAGGCUGGGGUUGUCCCUGCUGGGAUGGAGAUGCAGGACUGGGCAGAUGGCAGAGAUUCAUUUUGCUGGGAGGUAGCACAGAGGGGAGAGAGGUGGAAGGGUGGUUUGAAGUUCUGCUGGGUUUGAGCCGCAGCACUGCUCAGCUGCGCUCCUCCGAGUGCUUCCUUGCAAGGGAAGGAGCUGGGACACAGAGAGGCUGGAUGGUUUGCUGGAAGUGCUCCAGGAGCACAAAACAGCCCUGCAGGGCCAUCAGCUCUGGUUGGUAGUGGUCACCUGCGGCCGUGCUUCCCAGGUAGCCAUAGUCACCUUCAAGUUGCCCAGUGAGGCACUGGAUGGUGUCCUGGCACAUCCGUGGGACAGUGCUUCCCACUCAGCUGAGCUGUCCCACUGAUGCAGUGGCAGUGGCUCCUCCAGGGAUCUUUGCAAAAAUAUCCUUACACUUAUGAGGAAUCUGGUGACCUGAUAAGGCCAGGAUUGGGGUGCAGAGAGGAAGGGGCCACAUUUUCAUGCUUAGAGGAAGCCACUCUCACAGCAAAGGCUGAUUAUCUCCCAUGGCUUCACUGUGGCAGAGGGGCUCAUUAGCAAUGACAAUUAGCAUGUCCUUCAUGGAGGUGUCAACCCAAGGCCUAAGGGUGACAUGCAGGGCCUCCAUUUGAGGGAAGAUGAUCCUCAGGAACCCUGCAAUAGAGCUGUGGCUUGAGCUUUGUCUUGAACUUUGGCCACUCUCUAGCACUGGAACAUGAGUGGGAGAAGGAGGGAUGUUAUCAGUGGGAGCUCUUGGCCUCCCAUCCCUGGUGGGGCAUGGGAUAUAGCAAGAAAGAAAACUUUUUUGAUUUUAUGCAGGAAAAUGAUGACAGUAGAAACUCCAACCAAACCCUCAAGCAUUUGGACUGUGGUUAUCUGUAUGGCAGGGGAGGAACUGGGAACAAGGACGUUUGAGGUUUGUUCUUUUCAUUGCUGCAGAUUUUGGCAAAUUACUCUCCCUGCCAUAGUUUUCCCUGAGCAGUUUGAGAUCAGCUGGGUUUAUUAUUUUAUGAGUAUUGGAGUGCAGGAAUUGCUGUCUUCUGGUGAAAAUAAAUACAAAAAUCCUGAAGCACGACUCCAAAGAGAGAUGAGCCUGCAAAAAAAUCACCGUGCUGGAAAGGGAGUAUGUUUGGUUUGUCUUAUUUUUCUUUUGCUUUCUGGGAUUUUAGGAUUCCUGUUGCAGGGAUUGCACCAAGAUGACAAACUAGAGAGUUUUCAAAAUGGAAACACAAUCCCCUGACUCCAGGAGCUCAGACUUAAAUAUCAACAAAUAACUCAGGAUGCGGUGCAAGUGCUGAUGGAGCAGCUGACUCGGCGAGCGUGGAGGUGAGCAGCUCCAGAGCCCCACAGAGCCCCAGAGUUCUGAUUUGCUGAACCCAGUGGAAUGAAUUCCUAUAUUGGAUGAUCCAUGUGCAUGGGCCUCUGUGGGAUCACGGCCAACAUUUGUGAAGUGCUGUGAGAUGCUUGGAUGAAAGAGACCACAGAAGAGCAAAGUAUUACUUUUUCAUGAUUGCUGCAAUUGCUAUCCUUGGGGCUGUCCAAAUAUUGUUGUUCCAAGUGAAAAUAUAAAAUCAUUUUGGCAUG